CUAUUUAAUGUCAUUAAAGCAAGUUUUGCUUCCCUGCAGGUUGAAAAUGACAAAUGAAGAAAUCAGAAGGGCGAUACUAGAAAUGGAUGAGAGAGAAGAGCUGGCCAAAGACAUGUUGGAGCAGCUGCUUAAAUUUGUCCCUGAGAAAAGUGACAUAGAUCUUUUAGAAGAGCACAAACAUGAGCUGGAGAGGAUGGCCCGAGCUGACCGCUUCCUCUUUGAGAUGAGCAGAAUCGACCACUACCAGCAGAGAAUACAGGCUCUUUUCUUUAAGAAGAAGUUUGCAGAGCGUUUAGCUGAAACCAAGCCUAAGGUUGAAGCCAUCCUCAAUGCCUCUGUAGAAGUGGUCCGGAGCAAGCGUCUGACUCAGGUCCUGGAGGUGGUGCUGGCCUUUGGAAACUUCAUGAAUAAAGGCCAGCGGGGGAACGCCUUUGGAUUCAAGGUCUCCAGUCUGAACAAGAUCGUUGACACCAAGUCGAGCAUAGACAGGAAUAUCACCAUGUUGCACUACUUGAUCAUGAUUUUCGAGAAGAACUACCCCGACACGCUGUACAUCCAGGAAGACCUCAGGAGCGUGCCUGAGGCGGCCAAAGUCAAUUUGUCAGAGUUGGAAAAAGAAGUGCACAACAUCAAAAGCGGGCUGAAGGCUCUCGAGGCGGAGCUGCACUACCAGCAGAGCAGGACGAGGGAACGUGGCGACAAGUUUGUGGCUGUGAUCGGUGACUUCAUCACUGUGGCUGGGUUUAGUUUCUCUGAACUGGAGGAUCAGCUGAGUGAAGCCAAGGAAAAGUUUGCCAAAUCUCUAAAGCACUUUGGGGAAGAAGAAGGAAGGAUGCAGCCCGAUGAUUUCUUUGGGAUCUUUGAUACCUUCUUGCAGUCAUUUAGUGAAGCUCGGCAGGACCUGGAAAACAUGCAGCGGCGCAAGGAUGAAGAAGAGAGGAGGGCACGGAUGGAGGCCAUGCUGAAGGAGCAGAGGGAGCGUGAACGGCGGGCAAAGAAGGGCGGGGCCACGGAGGAGGUUGGCGGAGAGUUUGACGACCUUGUCUCUGCAUUACGCUCCGGCGAGGUCUUUGACAAGGACCUUAACAAGUUCAAGCGAAACCGAAAGCGCUCCGUCAACCAGCUAGUGGAAGGUGGUGGCCGGGAGAGAGCCGUCACCAAGGUGAACUACUAAGGCUGGAAAAUGGAAGUAGAUUUAAAAGGCAAAACUCUUUCAAAAAAUCUCAAAUACGCCAUGGCGGAGAUCAAGUUUAGCCCAGAUCUUCUAACUGUCAUGGCUUCCAUUGGAACAGAUGUUAGUAACAGCUGGACUGGACUUGUAGAGACACGGUGUGUCAAAAAAAAAACACUCCCUUCAGAUUGAUCUUCUAAAGAUGUUCCAACCAGUCUGUCCCUGCAGUUUGGGUGGAUGAAUGGACGGAUGGAUGGACAGACCACUGUGACACAUUGUCCCACUUCAUCUGACUUUCCAUUUAACACUGUGCUUCAGGUUCCUCUUGUUGAUCACUCCUGCUCUUCCUCUGAAACCCUCUCUGUUCAUCUAAAAAGCUCUAUGGUGCUGAAGUGUGGUUAUCGGGAUCAGAACUCUCUACAGUCACCUCGUACUUAGACGCCAAAAGGAAAGUUUUGAAACUGGUGAAGUUUGGCAGAUUGAAACAAAACACAAAAGAGAGAUAAAGGGGAUUUAAGCCAUUACGCCCUCAGUCUUGGUGCUUCUUCAAUCAGGAAAACAAGAUUUUAUAGCCACAGAAUGGACCUCUCUUCGCAAACUUCAGAUGAUACGUCAACGGGUAUGAAGUCAAGAAAUCUCCUGCUUCAUAACAAUGGAUUCCUACAGGAGGCCUCGGACAGCGUCCCCAAGAAGAUCCCACCCACAAAUUAACCAGGGAACAAACAACUGCUCACAUAGAAACCCUGACAAUGAUUGUGCCACAAGAUCUAAGCCUCAACUAUACUUUCAAACAGUUUCAAAACCUUUCUGGCAUGAAGCAGUGCCAAAGUAGAGACAUAAAACCAAUGUAAAUGUGUUGACAGUAAAUAUUCAGCAGUUAGGCGUUGAUAUAUAUUUAUAUGUAGAUGCAACAAGCUAAUUGCAAAGAUGUAGAAGUGUUUUUUUACGUUUCGGCAUAUUGGGAUUUUGUACACACAAUGCAUUGCUGUUGAAGUGAAUUUCUUUAACAUUUAGUGCUAAACGAUUGUGAGGUAGAUGUCCUUUUUCGCUCCAUUGUUUCUUGUUUGCACUGAGCUUCUUUUUGACAAACACUCAAAUAUAAACACCAGCCAAUGGCUGUUGAAGGAAGGCCGUGAAGCAUUAAACCCUUAAAUGUCACUCUUAGUCAUUUUACAGUAUUGUCACUUUUUGUAGCCUGAACGCUCCAAUCUGACGCUAUUAGCAGUUUUAUCCCUGAAUCGCACACAUUUUUGAUAGCUUAUGAUGCCCGUGUCAAACUUUACAUUGCAAAGAGGCUUUUCUUGUUGUAUUAGGGUACAGAGGACUUAAAAAGGGCCUGUAUGAAUUACUGGACACCAACCAGACCCAAACAUUCUUUAGUUGCUUAUUUUGUGCAGCUGGUUGCCAAGUAAAAGGAAGAAGUAUCCUUUUUUUUUAAGAUAGUCCAGUUUCAGUGUACAUUUUCUUCAUGUGCAUAAGCUUUUCCAAUCUUUCAGCAGCAGGAAUCAUGUAAGUUGCAACAAUUAGUUCUGGGUCUAACUGUUUUUUACAUUUUCUAGAGAAAAGGAAACCUGUCAGAGUUGGAGACAAAAAAAGGUGAAUCUGGAGCAGUCAGUAAUGGGAAAGUUGAGGUGUAGAAGAUAUUUGUGAGUUGUCAAACCAGAUCUAAAUGCCUUGACUGAGAUAAACCAGUUUAGAUUUCAUCAAAUGUAGCAUUUAUUAAUCUAAAUGUAAAUCCCUAGUAAGGACCAGUUUAAGAGGUGUUGAAGAGACUGCAAUCAGAGUGCAACACUAAGACAUUUGAACUCCAUUCAUUUCAGACAGGCUGAAGACAUUGCCAAAGACAUGCUGAUUUAAUUUUUAUUAUUGAAACAGCUGUUUCCAUAGCAACGGUUAAAUUGUAUGUUCAACAAUUCGUUGUCAUAUAUUUAUAUUAGACGCAUAACAUACCGUGCUUAUCGGAAUCCAAGAGAAGUCAUGAGUUAAAGUACAAAGAGAAGUCUAAAUUUAGACCUUAACCCAGAUUCUCACAUCUGCUGAUUAUUUGUAAUUGUUCACCUAUAAGUGCCUCAGAUUUUUUUUUUUCUACACAAAUCAUUCCUCUGUGUUUUAGUUCUUGUGGCUUUCAGAAUUUAUUUUUAAAGGCUUUCAAAAUGACUGCAGGUCAAGAAGAACUGGCGCCAUCUUGUGGUCAAAGAUGAUGCAGUUGAUUUGUAUAUGAGGCCAACUCCAGGUACUAAACAAUCGCCUCCAAAACCUUUAUUUUAACUGUGACUGAUUGUAUAAUGUGCAGAUAAUCCCCCUUAGCUUUAAUUUAUUAAGUUUUGUCACCAGACACCUCAUCAUUUUGCAGUCAUGUUUUGUUUCUUUUUGUGCAGACUAAAGAGAAAUUGAGAUGGAGCAAUGAGGCACAAUCUUUUGAGAUGAACCCUUAAAACUGAAUUUAGACACUUUAAAACCAAAAAGAGGAAUUAUCUUCUUAAACCAGCAUCUUUAUGUAUCAUUGAGCUUUUUUAUUUUAAACCUCUGCUUUCCUUCCUCUUGCUGUUUAUCAGUCAGUAUACCAGACUUCAGCAAACCGUUCUAAACAUCUUCAUUCAGAGCUUUAACCCAUAUUACAGAGAAUACAUUGAGAGAUAGUGAAAAGUUGUCAGUAUUAAUACGUGUUUGUUUUGUUACAUUUUUGGAUGUUUAUUUGGCCAUUGACUGGCUCUUUUGAAGUGUAAAGAUGGAAAUCAGAGGAAAGUAAUUAGUAGCUUGUUCAAUGCACUUUUUAUAACAAUGAUGAUGGGACAUUUCUAAUGGCAGCAACAGUUUGGAGGGAUCUGAUCUCGCUUAAGACAAAAAGGAUGCAGCAAAAAGGUGUUGCUUACAGAAAGGCGUGUAGAAAAGGGGAGUCAGGAUGAGGAUGCUGGCUGGUCUGCCGGAAACAAAAUGACAGUAUGUCUGAGUGGCAGGAACAGGAUGUGGAAAAACGAUAAAAAAAAGAAAACUGCCUCGAGGUUCUUUGGGGUUCUGUCACCAUUAUGUUUGUCUUUACAUGCACAAGGAUUUGAUCUGCAUGCCUACAGAAGGUUGCACAAAGUGAUUUGUUGAUCUCUUAAAAGAACAUUGCUUGCAAAAUGCAACCCACCUGUUACACCACAGUCUGUACUGCCUGAGAAAAGUUGCACCCAUUCUUCAAGUUUGUAUAAUUGUGAGAAGUCCGUAUUUUUUACCGUUGGAAAUUAAAACACACACACAAAAAAAAUCCUUCACUGAAAGAUGUACAGUUAGAAAAAAAAAGAGAAGCAUUUUGUACACCUUUGUUGAUGUGUGAGAUAAGAUUAAAAAGAAGAUGAAAACAUUGAGGAAUGUUCCAUUGUUCCUGUACAUUGUACCUCUAUUUAUUUGCCUUAUUUAGUUUGGUAUAUUUUGUAUGUACACACAGCAUUACAACAAAAUGUUAUAUUAAAAAAUCUGAAUAAUUGAUCUGUGGUCUGUGUUUGAUGGAUAGUUCUGAGACUUGUAUAAGAUUGACCCCUUUUUUACCACUUCAAGAACUUUUUUGUUUUCUUUUUCACCCCAUGUCUAUGUAGGGUUAAAAUAAACUGAC